CCCACAGCAAGUACCUCCACUCAAAAAGCACAGCAACAAGCAGAAAACGAAAUGAGUCCCAGCAUCACUACCGAGGCCAACCAGCCUCUCCCUGCCAGGUCCACCGUGGCCCAGAGAAAACAAGCCAACGAACUGAGAAAGACUCUUAAACCCUUGCUGGAGAAGAGAAGACGUGCUCGUAUUAACGACAGUCUCGGGCAUCUGAAAAGCCUGAUUCUCCCUCUGGUUGGCAAAGACAACGCUCGCUACUCCAAGCUGGAGAAAGCUGAUAUUCUGGAAAUGACAGUCCGUUUCCUCAGAGACCUUCCCUCCACUCCAGUUAAAGACUCCGCAGACAGUUACAGAGAAGGCUACAAAGCCUGCCUCCAGCGCGUCUCCGCUCUGCUCCCCAAAACCAGCCUGGAUCAGGACGCGUGUCAGCGGGUGAACGAAUUCGUCCAGCAGUCCAUGUCCGCCACAGUCACCCCAACCUGCCUGAACUGCUGCGCUCAGAGCUCCAGGACUCUCCCUCAGAUCCAUCAGAGACUCCUGAGCCUCAAAUCCAGCUUCAGCUCCAGACUGGAGAGCCAGUCCCGCAGCAGCAGCAGCGCAGUUGCUCCCAGCCAAGCGCAGCCAGGCCCGCAGGCUGUCAACGCAGCCAUGUGGAGACCUUGGUAGAUUAGAUGGACAUUUAUGUCAUGCUUGUUAUUUAUUUUGAGAUGUUAUUUAUGCUAUUUGUAUUCCAAUAACUGUUGUCGUAGCGAUUAAGAAUUGUUGGAGUUGUUGUACAGUGAUUUUAUUAAGCAUGUGGCUCAUUUUG